CAUCAUUAUGGCGCGUCGCAGUCUUAUCACUCUCGCUAUCAGUGUUUUGUCACUAUUUUACAGCGUCUGUGGACAGGUUAUAUCACGUGGUUCGUGUCCAACUGUCCUCGUCCAACAAGACUUUAACGUUGAUAAUUACACUGGCUGGUGGUACGAGAUUGAGAGAUUUCCAGCGUCGUUUGAAUCUGGUCUGAAAUGUAACAAUGCAAAGUACUGGCUGAAACAAGAUGGCACUAUUGGGGUAAUCAACAGUGGGAUAGACAUCGUGACCGGUGAACAAACCUCGAUUGAAGGCGAUGCCUGGGUGCCAGACCCAAACGUGCCGGCUAAGUUGAAAGUGAAAUUCCGAUGGUGGAUGCCGGCAGGUGACUAUUGGGUUCUGAAGACCGACUACGAUACUUACUCUGUUGUGUACUCCUGUGACGAUUUCAUAUUCGGAUUCAUCAAAAUGGAAUAUGCAUGGAUUCUAAGCCGUGAUCGCACCCUAAACACUGGUACCCUGACAGACAUCAAACAAGAUGUAGAAGAUCGUGGUAUCGAUAUCAGUAACUUCCUAUUCACUGACCAAACUGGUUGUGAUGCUAAAGAUAACAUCUUGAAAUAUGAGCCCUUGGACGAUGAUCUGUCUGUCAUUUUCACGUAGGGGUUCAUUAGAUUUCAGGGUGCUAGAACAGUCGCAUGAUUUCGCAAUCGACAGUUCCCUUGACCUACUGUUAUGCGAGUGGCGCAUCCUGCUAGUAUUUGUCAAGACAACCGUUGAGGGCAGUAUGCAUAAAUAUAUCAAACGGCACAAAAUAAGACGCGGGCAUGACAAUCUGUUACUUCGCUAGUCAGCUAUGCAAGCACGAUAUUUUAGGAAAUUCUAUAGUUUGACGCCACAACUUUUUAUCAUUAGAUAUUAACUUCGUGAACUAUAAAAGUGGGUCUACGAUUUUGAGAUUUCUAUGUAUUGCUAUGAUGUAGUUUGUACUUUUAAAUAAUAAUAAUAAUAAAACAAUUUCA